UAUUGCCCCAAGUUUCAUCCAGCACAACACAAGACACUUCUAAUUACCCCGGACACUCUUCUGGACAAUUUUUUUGUUCUAAUACAACGGACACUCUGUGCUUUAAUAUUACUAAAUAUCCGGACAAUACCUUGAAAAGUAUAAACAUGUACAAGCUGGUAGCUAGUUCCCUACUGCUGCUCACAGCUGCAUUUGCAGUGCAGCAUUGCAGCUGUCAGACGGUCCAUUUUGACUGCCCCAAGCUGCCCCCUCUCCCUCCUGCCAGGACAGUGCAUGAGCUGAGGCCUCAGGACAUACGAGUUGUCAUGGCUCUGGGGGACAGUGUCACUGCUGGCUUUGGCAUGAUGGGUAGACACGGUAACAUCAUUGAGGACUUGCAGGAGUACAGAGGAAUGUCCUGGUCCAUCGGGAUGGAUGACGAUGCUCAGACUGUUCCUAACUUUCUCAAGAACUACAGAGAUGAUUUAAUUGGAGGCAGCCUGGGUCAUCACCUUGGAGAGCUUUGCUAUGAUAUUGUGUGCCCUCCGUUUCAAUACAAGCCUGAUAAGGAUGUGUUGAAUGCGGCCCAGAGUGGUGCCAUGAUCCCUAACCUGGUCACACACGAGUGGAGGUACAUGCUGGAGCAGCUCAAAGAGCACAAAGAGAUUGACAUGGAUAACGAUUGGAAGGUUUUGACUCUCUUCAUAGGAGCAAAUGACCUCUGUCUGGCAUGCUCUGAGAUUGUGCCCACUCUCACUCCUGACGACUUCGAGAAGCACUUGAGGGAGACCUUGGAUGAGGUGAUGAAGAUACCACGAGUGUUUGUCAACCUCGUUCUCACUGGGAACAUCUCAGGAAUCUACACACUGUCUCUCAAGAACAAGCAUUGCACAGAGGUACAUCGUUUACUACCAAUAGAGUGUGCGUGUGCGUUCCUGGGAGGAAGUACACCAGAGGGAGUGAAGCUAAGGGAAGAUUUGGAUAAAACAGCAAUGGCUUUCAACGACAGAAUGAACAAGGUAGCAGCUGACUAUGUUGGGAUAAAGGACGACUUUGCAGUUGUGAUUCAACCAUUCUUCUCAGGAACUGAUCCGAGCAACUUCACAAUCGACUUCCUGUCAGACUUGGACUGUUUCCACCCCUCAUUGCUAGCCCACCAGCACAUGGCCAAAGGACUAUGGAACAACAUGCUCACUCCAGCUGCUCAGAAAAAGACCUCUCUUGUUUGGACGGAUCCUUUUGUGUGCCCAACCAACAACACGUUAUUGUACACGAACUAACUACAUAAUUAUACACAAGUGGACAUUUUGUGUCACACACCACCACUUUUUGAUGCACAACAAAAACUAAUAUGAAAUGUUUUUCUGCUGAAA